GGGCGGAGCGGUUCCUUUCAGGCAGGCGCUGGCUGGGCAGUGAUGGCGGACGAUGGGAUUGGGAAGCUAAGGACGAAACAAGGCGACGGCGGCGCUCCGCCGGAGACGGCGGCUACUGCCUCGUCCGGAAGUUGGCUGUGGGGAAGCUGGUUCGACAUGCUAUUUAUCUUGACGCUGGUGAUCGUGACGCUUUUGGCCUAUCAGGUUUACAAGCGCUGGGGCAAAAGGAUCGGAGCGGGGGGCGCGGCGCAACAAAGUCAGGCCCACUCCUUGCCCCGCAUGAAGCGGCGGGACUUCACUUUGGAGCAGCUGCGCGAGUACGACGGCGCGCGGUUGCCGCGCAUCCUUCUGGCCGUCAACGGCAAAGUCUUCGAUGUAACCAAAGGCAGCAAGUUCUACGGGCCCGAAGGUCCUUAUGGAAUAUUUGCUGGCAGAGAUGCUUCGAGGGGACUAGCAACUUUCUGUCUAGAUAAAGAUGCACUCAGAGAUGAAUAUGAUGAUUUAUCGGACUUAAAUGCUGUGCAAAUGGAAAGUGUUAGAGAAUGGGAAAUGCAGUUUAAAGAAAAAUAUGACUAUGUAGGUAGACUCCUAAAGCCAGGAGAGGAACCAUCAGAAUAUACAGAUGAAGAAGAUACCAAGGAUCACACUAAACAAGAAUGAACUUUGUAAAUCACCAAAGUCAGGGGCCUUUGGAACUGUAACCUUUUAUUCCCCAUCAAAGAAUGCCCUACAACUUGGGUA